AUGCAAUACGAAUCCUUCAUGCAUAGAAUUUACAUUCGUACUUGGUGGUACAACACAACGUACAACCUCUACGGCUCAAUGAUCCUCCUCCACCUCAUCCUCUCCAACUACCCCGAUCUACCCGACGAAGAGCUCCUCGAAUAUGUAGAGAAGUCGCUGGAGAUCUUCUCGUCUACGGCGGAUAUCAUUGUUGCGCGGCGGUGCGCGGAUAUGUUGAGAGAGGCUCUGGAGGUUGCGCGAGCUUGUCUUGCCCGUCGACGUCAUGAUUUCCCGUCUGGUACAGAUCCAAGAAUGAGAUCGGGAAUGGGGGUGUCCGGUGCAUUUAGUCCCCAGAUCCAAGCUUCAUCUGGAGGAUUAAAUGCACCUGGGAUAGCCGGGGAUACCCCGGAGACAGAGAUAAGGACUCCGCACACGGCGUCUGGGUCCUUUAUAUCCGAGACAGGACACUCGGUACUGGAGAAUACGUCCCUUCUGCAGGAUGGGGGAGCCGCACAACCUGACGACGAUUUCCUUUUUUCUUUAUUUAGUUAG